AGGUCUUGCUUCCUUCCUUCACUACGCCAUUGCUGGGUCCUUUCGCCGUUUUCAAGUGAACCUAGUGGUCGAAUUUUCUCUGCGCUGCCUCUUGCUCUAUCUCUCUCGUAGUUCUCUCRCCUUGCCAAGCUAGAAAAAACUCUUUCUUUCCCUUUAAAGGGUUUUGAAAAGACAUUUCAACGAACAAAACCCGCGCAUCGUAAAACUCAAGAAAAUCUAUACUAAAGCGAAAGCCAAAAGUGGAAAACGUUUUUGAAGAAUUAUCGAACUAUUUUCUGACGAUAACUUCUGAGAAAUUCAAGCGAGUGAAACAGUAAACAGAAAAUAAGUUUGCACGACGACAAUGGCCGGAGCGACAGCUGCUUUGCAUCUUGAGGACUUUUCUUCUUCUAUGGACACCUCUGCCUUCUCUUCUAGCGAAAGAGACAUUCUUGAAGAAUCUUUUUCGCUAACAUUGGAUUAUAUCUCAUACCGUUUAAGAAAUAAAUUCGAUCAAAGUCAGUUGGUCGGYUUACCUCGAAAUUUUCUCAUUCCAAAAACUCCGUCAACAUCGGAAGCAAAACUUCGCUCCCUCGCUUCACACAUGGAGGCCGAAUAUCCAGACUUAUUUGARACUGCUUGUGCUAAACUUGAUUUCACUCCUGCAUCUGCUCGUUCAACAUUCUAUAGUGUCGCAAAAGAGAUUUUUCAAACCGGAAUCAACUGGGGACGCAUUGUGGCGUUGUUCACCUUCGGUGGUGUCGUAGCUCAUCACUUCGUUGAAAACGAAAGACCAGACAUGGUAUCUCAUAUUGUCCUUUGGAUUCCUAGCUUCAUAGCUGAACAUCUACUAAGUUGGAUUAUGGAAAAUGGAGGAUGGAACGGAUUUGUCAAGUAUUUCUCAGAGUCAUCUCAGUCAAUGUGGAAAAGUAUAUUUGCAGUGGGAAGUUUCUGUGCAGCAGGUUUUACAUUGCUAGCGCUAAGCAAAUAAGCACACAAGAUGCUAUCCCAUAACACUAUAUAAACUGUAUAGCAGGUAUAAAGACAACGAUUAUUGUAAAUCUUUGCUGCCAAAUAUGUAGAUAUGACAGAAUAUAUAAUGCACACUGACAAACCUCUGCACAAGGCUUAGCGAGGUGCUGGAAAUAUUGUGCAAGGUGAUUAUGCCAAUAGACUUUUCCUUCAAGGAAACAUGGUUUGCAACAUUUGCAGUUAACCAGUUCAUUCAUUUGAUACAGACGCUAACAUUCCAUUUCAUUUUUUUYUYUUUCCAGAAGGUCAUUUUAUUUUUUGAUUUGCCAUUUUAUUCACAAACCGUUUCCAUUGGAUGCUCUACUUUUCUGAUAUUUUUUUACCAAAGACAAAGUUCUAAUACAUGCAAGUCAAAGCAUAAAAUUUUUUUAGUGGAUAUGCAGCUGACUGAAUGCUGAUUGCUUAAAACAAGCUAAAUAGCCCUUGCUAUCUCUGCUAUUGAAACAGUUUAACUAGUCAAACUAGAUUUCAGUGACUUGUCAAACCAGUUAAACUGCWCAAAAUCAGAUUAGUUCACUGGUCAAACCAGUUUACUAGUCAAACUAGCUUAACUAGUCAAACCAGUUUAAUCUUGGCGCGCUACAAAUCCUGCUGAGACCAAAUAAGAAACAAAGUAAUAUAAAGAAAGCAACAACCAAACAAAAAACAAGUGAUUGUAUAUCACAAUGGUGAAAAGGUGUGUUGUUCAAUUAGCGUUUGAGUCUAAUUGAAYUGUGUAUGUUGAGUGAACUUUUAAAUACAGAUGUACAUGGUUGUAUAAACUGUAUUCACUGUUAAUAUUUGACUAUUAUUGUGUUAAUCUGUUAAGUUGUAUCUUCAGAGGUUGUGAAGUUAAAAAGAAGCAUCCUUAAAUGUUUGCACUUCCUGGUUUCAAACUACUCCUUGAAAUUCUUGAAAUCCUUGAAAAGCCCUGGAAUUUAAAAAUCAUUUCAAGGGCACUUGAAAGCCUCUUCAGAGUCUGAAAAAAAAUCCUAAAAUUCCUAAUUGCAAUCCAAAUUUGUCUAAAAUGUUUUGAUUAAAUUGUGAAGACUACUAGAGAAUUGAAUUCCAGAAACAUCAAAUGUGAUCUUUAAAGAUACAGUGUAGUCCUUGAAAAUUUCAUUUUUGUGCUUARAAAGUCCUGGAAUUUUGUAGUGAAAAGUUUACUGAAUUCCCACACUAAAUUUGUAUGCAAGUUGAAUGCAAAUAUUUGGGUGUGCUCUUUUAAACUUCAUAAGGAACAAUUUGUUUGGAGUAAGCGAGGACGUUUACUCACAAAUGCAUAUAUUACUGAUGUAUGCACCUUUUCAGUUGCUCUUAGGCCUCAACAAUGUGUUAAAUAUUCUUUUGAAUUUGUAGGAAUGUGAGCAAUGCAAACAUUGAUAUGAAUAGUCUCAUUUGUCAAAUUCAAAAGAAUAAUUAACUUGCUAUCGUGGCCUAAGUGCAACUGAAAAGGUGUAUUGACUACCAACCUUAGGUUUAAACAUCAGGAACCAGUUGUUCUACAAGGGAUGAAUAGUGUUUUCUAAUCAAGUUGAUAAGAUCCAUACGAAAUAGUGGAUAAUUUUAUCCACCUUGGUACAACUGGCCCUAUUAGUAUCACUUCUUUUAUUGUGUAAAAACUACCAUGACUAUUGAAAGGUAGCCUCCAAGUUUAUGUUUAUGCAUCAGUCUACUGUUUAGUUAAAGGAUCAGGGUGUCUGCAUGUUGUAUUACAUAUCACCAAGGCAAUGCUAAAAAAAUUGAUUUUUAUAGCAUUGAUAUUAUUUAUUACUUGCCAGUUUGAYACUCCCUAAGGUUGUACUAUAUACACUGUACCAUACACAAAGUAGUCUUCCAGAAUCCAUGAUCUUUGAUUUUUUUAUAUUUUAACAGUUUACCAACAGUUUUCCAAUGUAGCUGUGCUACAUUUUUUUGAUCUAAUCCUCCAUGUUAGGAAACUGUAUUCCAAUCUAGGAGCUGCUAAAGUGUUUAUGGUAUAAUGUAUAAGACUAAAUCAUAAAGUAACUGGUUUCUUAAGACAGAGCUAGUUGACAAAGUAUUGCACCAAAUUAUACCUUUUGGGAUUCCUGCCAAAAAGUGUCAGUCAUACCUGUUAUCAGCGUCACUGUUUUGAGGAGAAAACCCAACUUGACGCUGACAGCAUUGGUUUAAGCUWACUGGCUAAGAACUCAAAAAUUCCCAAAGGUUUAAAAUUUGAUGCAAUUCUGAAAUUUGCUGGUCAUGUCUACUUACUUACAAAGAAAAACAUAGUAUUGAAGUUGYAGUAGAUACUUAGGCUCCUUUCGCAGCCUUUAUGACACUCGUUCCUGGGUCAGCGAGAGGAGACUGGUAGAUCUCUACUAAGACUAUCAACAUAUUUUUCCUCAUUAUGUCAAUAUGUAUAAAAAGUACACAUGAUGUAUGAAAAUCAUAGUUUUAUUUCUCAUGAUGUAAAUUUGAAAAGAUUUCACUUGUUCAGAAAGCAAGCAAUGCAAACUCUGUGCUUGUUGAAAAUUUKGUGCAUGUACUUAUGUGUUCUCUGCAUGUACAUGACUCAAUUGUAAGACAUGUCUUACUUAGAGUGAUUUUCAUUUAAACACCAAAGAAUAAUGGCAAUUUACAGGCAAACUUUGAAACUUUUAUGCAUAGUUAAUAGAGGGGAAUGGUUUGGAAACCUUAUGUUGUAGUUCUUUUGUACAUCUUUUGUAUGUAUUUGAGGUUGAAUCUGUAAAGACUGUGCACAACUUCUUACAGAAGUGGUAAUUGCAAAAUGAAUGAACACAAACACUCUCUAUGAGAUUAUAAAAUGAAAUAUAAUAAUUUCAACAUUGUUUUUUUUUUUUGACAUCUUGAAGAAAUAGCCAAAAGAAUAAUUUUUGCUCUAUUCAUUCAGAUGUGACCAGUAUGGCUAAARCAAUCGUURAWAGAUUGUGCAMGGUCAMGCUUGAAAGAAAGUGCUCAAAAACCUACARCAAAAGGCUUCCUAACCAUUUCCCUCUACAAACUAUGUUAUAUGCAAAAGAACAACGGAUUGCCGUAGCCUUGGUUGCUAGUGUUGUAGUUGAUAAGUUCCUUGUAGAUUGUAUUUUGUUCCAAUAGCCUGUGUGAGCAUUGUGUGAUGACGUGGUAUCUCUAUUGUAAUCCUAAUGUAGGCUCGACGCCUAUUAUGGAUCUUGAACAUUAAAAAUCCUAAAAUUGA